AUAAGUAGAAAAAAAAACUAAAGAAUUAAUUCAAAUUAAAAAAGAAUAAAUAAAUAAUUAAUUAAAUUAAAUAAAUAAAUAAACAAAAAAACAAACAAUCAAGCAAGCAAAAAGAAGAAAAAACACAUUUUAAAAUCAUUCUAAAAAAAUACGUUUUUACGAGCAAAGAAAUAGAAAAUGGCUAAGCUUUUGAUUUUAAUUACAUUAGUAAUUGUAGGCACUUUAGCUUCAUAAAAAUUAGAAUUUCCUUUUACUAUAUAUAAUAAUGAAAUACCAUUUGAGGUUAGAUAGCAAAUGAAAAACAUUACUAAUACUUAAAAUUGCACAGCUAAUUCUCCUUUACAUAAAUUAAAAUAUAACACUACCAAAGUCAACGAUGUCAAAUUCGCAGACUUUUGUACUGACUACUCUUCGAGAACUUGCUGUACAAACGACAACUUUAACUAGCUUAGAAUACAAUUUUACAGGUAGGUUUAUAAUAAUUAAGAUUUAAGUUUAGAUUGCUAAUAGGUUUUAUAAAAACUCAUAUGCUAUGAUUGCGAUGGGGAUGUAGGUUUAGGAUUUAGAAAGGGUUUAUGUGCUCCUUAAUGCGAAUCAAUUUAUGAAUAAUGCAAAAACGAUUAUUUUAUUAUCGAUUAAAAUACCUAAUUACUUAAAGUUUGCUCUCGCUAAGAUAUAUUAUGCUCUAAAUUGCAUUAGAUAGUAUCUCAAAAGACAGAUUUCUGCAAAUUGUUAGGUCAUGAGGUUAAUGAUUACCAAGAUUAUGAGGAGUGGUUUUAUUAGUUUUAUGCAGAUAACUUCGAAUCAUUUUAGAUAAAUUUCAAGCCUGUUUGUUGGAAUUUUUUACCAAGUUCCUAUAUUUUUGGUCCAGCUAUUACUCCUCUUAAUGAAUAAACCAAAACAAGAAAAAAUGAAUUCAAAAACCCAUUUGACAAAUUUACUUAAAACUAUUCUCUCAUAAUGUAGAUACUCUACAUCUUUUUAGCUAUUAUCAUCAUAGUUUCAGUUGUUUUCUGUGCUUAUUUAUUCAUGAGUUCUAGAAGCACAUAAAAAGGUAGAAGAAUUGGAGGAUAAAAAAAGAAUCAUCACGACGACUGA